AUGAAUAGAAUGAAAAAUCUAAUUCUAUCAGACAAACCAAAACGGCUUGCUGAGACUGUUGUGGAAAAAAGCAAACUGCUGAAAUCGCAGCCAGGGGGUUUACCUGUUUAUAAAGUUCCUUUGACAGAAGAACACAUUGGUAUACCUGGGUGCAGGCGUUUCAUUUUUGGGAAAGAAAAGUCCUCAAAACGUAAUCGUACCAUAAUGGUUCUCGGAGCAACUGGUGCCGGCAAGUCUACUCUCCUUAAUGGGAUGAUCAAUUACAUUCUAGACGUGAAAUGGGAGGACAAUUAUCGUUUUAAAUUAGUUGAUGAAGGUGACAUCACAGCAUCACAAGCUCACAGCCAGACAUCAGAAGUCACAGUGUACAAACUCAACUACCAUGAUGAGUUUAAAUGCCUCUACUCUCUGACCAUUGUGGACACUCCAGGCUUUGGAGAUACCAGAGGCAUAGACAGAGACAGGGAGAUCACAGAACAGCUGCGUAAUCUCUUCAAUUAUGAUCUUGGUGUCGUUGAAAUUGAUGCUGUGUGUUUUGUAGCUCAAGCAGCUUUAGCACGACUCACACCAACACAACAAUAUGUGUUUGAUUCUGUGCUUUCCAUUUUCGGCAACGAUGUGGCUGAGAACAUCAGGAUUCUAGCGACAUUUGCAGAUGGCCAACGUCCACCAGUUCUAGAGGCAAUCAGUGCUGCAGGUGUUCCAUGUCCUAAAACAAAACAAGGGGUGCCAAUUCACUUCAAAUUCAACAAUUCAGCAUUGUUUGCGCAAAACUCAUCUGCUAACACAGGUGAUGGUGAAGAUGAUGAUGAUGAAGUAGAUGAGAGCUUUGAUCAGAUGUUUUGGGACAUGGGGAUAAAAAGUAUGGACAGGUUUUUCGGUGCUCUGAACAGCAUAAAAACCCAAAGUCUGACACUGACAAAGGAGGUUCUCAAAGAAAGACAACGGCUUGAGAUAUCAAUUGAGAAUUUGCAGAUGCAGGUUAUAGUUGGGAUUUCCAAACUUGAGAAAAUAAAAUCUAUAACUGAAACACUUGAAGCGAAUGAGGCAGAAAUCAAAAGAAAUAAGGACUUUAAGGUACCCUACACUUACAUCAAAUCUUUUCAAACGUCUAUUUCUGGUUCUGGAAAUUACAUCACCAACUGCCAGGUGUGCAUGACUACCUGUCACUACCCUUGUGGCAUACCGAAUGAUGAUGGUAAAAAGGAUUGCGAUGCAAUGGGAUCAGAUGGGCGCUGCAAACAGUGCCCAGGAAAGUGCAACUGGAAUUGUCAUUUUAAUCAGAAGUACAAAUGGGAGUAUAAGUACGUAACAGAAGAAAAAACAGUGGAGGAGCUGCAACAAAAUUAUCUGAAAGCCACAAAAGAAAAGGUGCCCAUUCAGGCAUUGAUUGAACAACUGAAAGCUGAAUAUGAUGAUGUGCAGACUCAGGUAGUGGAAUUUAUGGAGACCUCUGCUAAGUGUCUGAACAGACUUAAAGAGAUAGCCCUGAAACCAAAUCCCCUUUCCACUCCAAAGUACAUUGACAUGCUCAUUGAGGGAGAGAAAAGCGAGGCCAAACCAGGCUAUACAAAACGAAUUAAGUCCCUGAUGGCCAUGAAACAAAAGGCAGAAUACAUGGCAAAAGUAGAGCAAGGUAAGAAACUCCUUCCAAGAAGUAACAGUGAAUGUGAAGCUUUUCAAGAGUAAGACAUGCACAAUUCAAGACCACAAUACAAGGUAGAGAUACAUUCUGACACCUAGAACCAAAUGGGAUGCAGAGAGGCCGAGGCAGUUACAACAGAGGACAAAAUUACGACAGAGGAAAAUAUAUACAGUAAAUGUGUAUUUGGAGGGGCGUUAGAAACAAACAAGGACAGCUCCUGUAUAGCCAAAUUUGGUUCUGAAAACAUCUAAAUACCACUAAUAAUAAAAAACAAACACAUGAACAAAAAAAUGGAUGAUGGUCAUUUUACUUUCUUGAAAAGUAUAGUUUCUUGGCGGUGAUGUGGUAUAUUUCCCUUGCACCUAAUUCACAUCAUCUCCACUUGCUUCAGGGAUGUCAGCUUCGUUCUUAUUUUUUCACACUAUUUCCAGUGGGGUGUCCACUCAUUUAAGUACAUACAUUUGUAUUGUCCUACUGCUGAGCCUGUCUGUUAUGAGACAGCAGGAGUCCCAACAGUGUCCCUCUUUUCACAAAUGUUGACGGUUUCUAUUGAGGUUCUGUUACAAGACAUGCUCCGUUGUCAUUAAAUCUUGAAUUUAAAUCAGUUCAACAGUGUGUAACAUGAGUUGAUUUAUAUGCUCUGUGACCUUUUUCUUGGUGUAUGUUUCUUGUAUUUUAUCCUCUCAAUUAUUUGUCAAU